AUUGACUUCGCCUAACUCAAAAUUCUUCACUCCCUCUCUCUUUUCUCUCUGUAAGGUGUCGCAUAAUAUUCUUCCUCUUGCUUUGUUUCAUUUCAUGGAAACUUCCGACUUUCAUAUUCAAAUAUCUUUAUUAAAAACCAUUCUUCCUGGCCAUUUUCUUUUCCAUUCAAAUCAAGCAAGAAGCUAAUGUAUUCCUCUUCAACAUCCAAGAUGUUCUUUCCUCGACUUGUUUUCUCUUCAAUAUUCAUUGUGUGUUGCCUUGCAACUUCCACAUUCGGAGCUACGCUUGCAAAGGAUGAAGUGGAAGCCUUGAAAAGCAUAGGUGAGACGCUAGGAAAGAGAAAUUGGGAUUUUGGCAUCGAUCCAUGUAGUCGACCCAGCAGCUGGGAAGAGGUCGUACCACCCAAAUCUUAUUAUGCUAAUAAUGUCACCUGUGAUUGCACUUUCUCCGGUAACACCACUUGCCAUGUUAUCAGCAUAGAGCUCAAGGGACAAAAUCUUACUGGUACUCUUCCACCAGAAUUAGUCAGGUUCCCUUACCUCCAAAAGAUUGAUCUCACUCGCAACUAUCUUAGUGGCCCCAUUCCUCCAGCAUGGGGUUCUAUGCAACUGACUGAUAUUUCCCUUCUUGGAAAUCGUUUAACAGGUUCAAUCCCAAAAGAGCUGGCAAACUUAAGUAAUCUUACCAGCUUAGUCCUUGAGCAAAAUAACUUUGUGGGGACUUUGCCUCCAGCACUAUGGAAUCUACACAACAUUGAAAGGAUGCUUCUUAAUUCCAACAAUUUUAGUGGAGAGUUGCCUGCAGAAUUUGCCAGGCUGACUACAUUGAAGGAGUUUCGGAUUAGUGACAACAACUUCACAGGAAAGAUUCCAGACUUCAUAUUCCAGAAUUGGACAAAACUUGAACAAAUAUUCAUCGAGGGAAGUGGUUUGAGUGGGCCAAUUCCAGACAUUGGGGCUUUAGAAAAUUUAGAAUACAUGAUAAUUAGUGACUUGAAUGGAGCUGAGGCAACUUUUCCACAACUUGGUAAAUUGCCUAAGUUGGAAAGACUGAUGUUGAGGAGUUGCAAUCUCAAUGGAGAGUUACCGGAUAAUCUUAGUACAGUGACAACAUUAAAGAUUUUAGAUCUCAGCUUUAACAGACUCAGUGGAAAAAUUCCAACUAAACUUUCUGCUCUUUCAAAUCUGGAUCAAUUGUUUUUAAAUGGAAACAUGUUCACUGGAGAAGUCCCUGGAUGGAUACUGAACACAAAAGAAAAAAUGGAUGUUUCAUAUAACAACUUCACAAGCACAGGUGCAUCAGGCUGUGAACACAAUAGUGUGAACUUGUUUGCGAGCAUUUCAAGGGUUAACAACUCAGGAAUUGUUUCAUGUUUGGCAAGCAAUAACUGCACUAAAACUUUGCACUUUCUUUAUAUAAAUUGUGGAGGGAGAGAAGAAAAUGUUAAUGGAACCACCUAUGAAGCUGAUUAUUAUGCAGCUGGGCCUUCAACAUUUUUCCAAAGUACAAAUACUUGGGCAUUUAGCAACACCGGUAUUUUCCUGGGUGAUGAUCGUCCAGAUGACAUCUAUGUUUCGGAAAACAUGCAACUUCUUAUGAUUGAUGAACUGUACAGAACUGCUCGCCUUUCACCUAGCUCUUUGACUUACUAUGCAUUCUGUCUGGCAAAUCGCACAUACAACAUAAGCCUCCAUUUUGCCGAGAUACAGAUCGCUGAUGGUCAAAAUUUUAGCAGCUUAGGGAGGCGGAUAUUUGAUGUGUACAUUCAGGGAAAGCGCGUGCUGAAGGAUUUCAAUAUUAAGGAUGAAGCAGGUGGAGCUGCCAAACCAAUUGUAAAAAAUUUUACUGCAACUGUGGAAGAUGGUACUUUGGAGAUCCAUUUGCGUUGGGCUGGAAAAGGGACAACUUCUAUUCCCGUGAGAGGAGUUUAUGGUCCUCUUAUCUCAGCAAUAUCCAUUUUUGAUCCUGGUUAUAUACCACCACCAGAAAAUGGGGGUAGUAAUGGCAUCUCUAUAGGCAUGGUGGCUGGAAUCGUGGCUGGAGCAGCAUUUGCCAUCUUCCUGCUUGGGGGUGUCCUUUGGUGGAAUGGCUGUUUAAGACAGAAGAAUACAUUGGAACGAGAUCUAAAAGGAAUAGAGUUGCAGACCAAUUCUUUUACCUUAAGACAGAUUAAAGCUGCCACAAACAACUUUGAUGCUGCUAAUAAGAUUGGAGAAGGUGGUUUCGGUCCUGUUUACAAGGGCAUUCUUGCAGAUGGCACAGUAAUUGCUGUUAAGCAGCUAUCCGCUAGAUCAAAGCAAGGAAAUCGUGAGUUUGUGACUGAGAUUGGCAUGAUUUCAGCUCUACAACAUCCUCAUUUGGUGAAGCUGUAUGGAUGCUGCAUUGAAGGAAAUCAAUUGCUGCUUAUAUACGAGUACUUGGAAAACAACAGCCUUGCUCGUGCAUUGUUUGGCCCAGAAGAGUUUCAGUUGAAAUUAGACUGGCCGACAAGACGGAAGAUCUGCAUUGGUAUAGCAAGAGGUUUAGCUUAUCUCCAUGAAGAAUCAAGGUUGAAGGUUGUCCAUAGAGACAUUAAGGCCACCAAUGUGUUGCUUGAUAAGAAUCUAAACCCUAAAAUAUCUGACUUUGGUUUGGCCAAGCUUGAUGAAGAGGAUAAUACCCACAUAAGCACCCGAGUUGCUGGAACUUAUGGCUAUAUGGCUCCUGAAUAUGCAAUGCAUGGUCGUUUAUCUGACAAAGCAGAUGUAUAUAGUUUUGGGAUUGUGGCGCUUGAAAUUGUUAGUGGCAGGUGCAACACUAAAAGCCGAUCGAAGGAAGAAUCUUUCUAUCUCCUUGAUUGGGCUCAUAUUUUGAAGGAGAAAGGGAACUUGUUGGAUUUAGUCGACCCAAGGAUAGGCUCUGAGUGCAACAUAGAAGAGGUGAUGGCAAUGAUAAAUGUAGCUCUCCUAUGCACAAAUCUUACUGCUGCAGCUAGGCCUUCCAUGUCUUCUGUGGUGAGCAUGCUUGAAGGCAGGGCUGCUAUUUCUGAGUUUAUAGAUUCAAGUUUUUCUGCAAAAGAAAUGAAUGCUGAAGCAAUGAAAAAGUUGUACCUGCAACUUGAACAAAAUGAUGCAGAUAAUAGCCAGACAAAGAGUAUGUUAGCAGAUGGGCCAUGGACUUCCUCUUCUACAUCUGCUGCUGAUCUCUAUCCAGUCAAUUUGACUUCUGGUUAUUGGCAAAAUAGAGAUUCGACAAACUACGUACAGUGACAUGAUUAGCUGUCAGAACACCUUAACUAGGAAAGGUUUUUUUUUUUUUAAGGAAAGGUACAAUGAACAUUUUUCUUGUUUGAUGUGAUUACUUUGAAGGUGCAUUUGCAAAGAUUUAUUAGUGUGAUGUGAUAAUUGUAUUUUUUCAAGAGAAUAUAAAUGAAACACAAUUUUGUUUUUUGAUUGAA